AGACACACCAAAGGGCCACCUCCCUCUUCUCAAACCGGGAACAUUUCUUCACGUUGCUGAACUCAAACGCAGCAAAUGUUGGUAUAAAUACUGAGGCGUUCGCCACCAAAGAUCACACUUGAACACUUCAAGCAACACAAACAUGUUCAGCAAGGUCCUCGCCAUUGCCGCCUUCGUGGCCGCCGCCUCCGCCGGAGUCGUGCCCGCCGUCAGCACCUACGCUGCUGCCCCCGCCUACGGCUACGCCGCCCCCAUUGCCCGCGCCGCUUAUGCCGCCCCCGCCUACGGCUACGCUGCCGCCCCCGCUUACGGCUAUGCUGCCCCCGCCCUCGCUCGCGCCGCUUAUGCUGCCCCCGUUGUUGCCGCCCCCGCCAUCGCCAAGGUCGCCGUCCCCGCUGAGUACGACGCCAACCCUCAGUACAGCUACUCUUAUGCCGUGUCCGACGCUCUGACCGGAGACAACAAGUCCCAGCAGGAGAGCCGCGACGGAGAUGUCGUCCAGGGCCAGUACUCCCUCAUCGAGGCCGACGGAACCCGUCGCGUCGUCGACUACACCGCUGACCCCAUCAACGGAUUCAACGCCGUCGUCCACAAGGAGGCCGCUGUCCAGAAGGCUGUUGUUGCCGCCCCCGCCUACGCCAAGGUCGCCGCUCCUCUGGCUUAUGCCGCCCCCGUCGCCAAGGUCGCCGCUCCCCUCGCCUACGCCGCCCCCGCUGCCUACGGUUAUGGUGCCCCCGCCUACGGCCGUGCCAUCCUUGGUUAAGUCAACCUGAAUUGUUGUAAAUUAUUUAUAUUUUUGAAUUUGAAAAAUAACGUCCAGUUUUCUUGGGCGUCCAUGCUGUAUAAGACUUGAAUAAAAUGUACAUUUGAGUUUGUACCAAUAUUAAAAAAUUUAAAAACUA